AAGAAAAUGAUAACAAAGGUUUGUGGCUCUUCUCUCUGUCCAAACCAGCUGGGCUGUGAUUGGCCAUUAAUUACAAUCUAAGAUGAGCUAAUCAAAGAUCUACCUGUUGCAUUCCACAGCAGCAGAUAACCAUUGUUUACAUUUUGUUCCUGAGGCCUCUCAGCUUCUCAGGAGGAAAAAUCCUAAGGAAAGGAUUUUCCAUAAAAGAUGUCUGUGACAAUGUGUCUGAGCAGGAGUUUCAUCUGGGAGGCUCAUGAGCCCUUUGCUGCCUGGAGGUGAUGGCAAAGGGGCCAAGGACACCCUCCUGCCCCCUUGCAAUUCCCUCCUGCUCUCAUCCUGGGGAAGCAUCAGGGCUCAAGAGCUGCUGUGCCAGGCAGGCCCAGGCCCACAUCAACCAUUUUGUCCAUCAUGGGCAAACCCCAGUGCUCUGUGGCCCCUUGGUGCUGCCCAUCAGGCUCCCCUGGCAGCAGGGCUGCACUGGCCCCUCACCGGGCCAGCAGCUUCCUGCCUCCGGGCUUCCUGCUUUUCUUUAGAGGAGUGCUGCUGCGGCCACAGGAAGGUCACAGCUCUGACUGAGCAGCCAGGGGCCCCUGGAGGGGACAGGCAGUGUGGAACAGCUAGCACGGGCUCUCUGUGCCUGUGGGACCAGGUGGCUGAGCUGGGGGGGCUUGCCCAAGGAGCUGCUUCAGUGAUGGCCCCACUCGUGUGUGCCACAGCCUCUCAUAUCACAGAAGUGGCAAUUUCCAGCCCUGUUGUGGCUUUCCCUGUCCCCAUGGCAUUGUACCAGGCUUUCUGUGCCUGUGGGACCCCCGUGGCUGAGCUGGUAGGCAUGGCCAAGGAGAUGCUUCACAUGGUGCCACAGCCCCUUGCAUCAUGGAGGUGGCAAUUUCCAGCCCUGAUGUGGCUUUGCUUUCCCUGUCCCCAUGGCAGUGUGCCAGGCUCUCUGUGCCUGUGGGACCACCGUGGCUGAGCUGGGGGGGCUUGACCAAGGAGCUGCUUCAGUGACGGCCCUACUCAUGUGUGCUACAGGCCCUCACAUCAUAGAGGUGGCAAUUUCCAGCCCUGUUGUGGCUUUCCCUGUCCCCAUGGCAAUGUACCAGGCUUUCUGUGCCUGUGGGACCACCGUGGCUGAGCUGGGGGGGCUGGCCUGGACAGAGCUGGGGGGCAUGGCCAAGGAGAUGCUUCAAUAACAGGUUCAAAUGGUGCCACAGCCCCUCACAUCGCGGAGGUGGCAAUUUCCAGCCCUGUGGUGGCUGUCCCUGUCCCCAUGGCAGUGUGCCACGCUUUGUGAAGUGGGGCAGGCAGCUGCCGGUGCCAAGCGGUGCUGGGGGAAGGCUCCAAGCAGGGAGAGCCUUUUCCUUGGCCUGGGUUUACCCAGUUUUGGUUUGUGGACAGAGCAUCUGGUGGUUCGCAAGGAUCUGGCUUGUGAUCCUGGGUUCUGUCUGAACUCCUUGCCCCAUCCCAGAGGGGAUGGGGGGAACUCUCAUCUCUGAGUGGGGCCAGGGCUGUGGAGGGCAGCACAGUCGGGCUGGCUCGAGUUCCUGCUGCAUGCAAGUGCGCCGAGGGUAGGACAACAAGGGAGAGCUGCCCCUGAGCCCCCUGAUCCACAGGUGGGAGUUUCACCCAGCUCCCCGACGCUGAAGGGGCCAACUUUUCCUCCCCCCCGGCACGUUCCUGCCGCCCUCUCCCGCUAGCUCCGCCUGUGACCUUGAUUUUUCUGCUCCAGAUAAGCGCGGCGUCCCCACCCCUCGCCGGGAGCCCCUCCUGCGCUGCCGCCCCAGCCGCGGCGCAGCCGGGCAGAGCCUGCCCCGCCGCCUGUGAGUCAGCACAGCUCUUCCGAUCAGCCGCAGCCCCUCCGUCUCUGCUCCCGGCAGGAGCAGCCGGCAUGCGGGAAGCAGCAGCGAUUCGCUGCAGCCUCUCCCACGGGCUCCCCACCGCGGCUGGGGCUUUGUGCUGAGCCCUGCCUUACCUGUAUCCUGCUCCUGGCCGUCCUCUGUUCUCCCAGCAGCCCUCCAGGCAAGAUCUGUGCUCUCAAAAGGACUGCAUGUCCCCGUAUUCCAGGAAGCUGCGAGCGCCGCUGUCAUCUCAGCAUCGCUGCUGCUCCCCCCGGCAGAGCCCGGCAAGCCAACAGCAGCUGCUCGCCGCCGGCACGUGGGUUGGGUGGCGCUGGCUGCCACACAAGGACCUUGUUCCCUCCUGGACAGUGCUCGGAGCAGGGCUGGGAUGGGCUUGGAUGCUCUCUGUGUCUGCCUCAUCUCCGGGCUUUAAAUAUUCAUGCUUUUGAUUUCCUCUUAGCGGGCAGCGACGCAGGGGCUGGAGCGAGCUGUGGGGAGGAGGAGGGUGGCCGUGCCGAGCCCAGCAGCAGGGCAGAGGGAGCUGGAGCUGGAUGAAGACAAUGGGUUUUGUUGCUUGAGGACCUCCAGGCUGAGCCCAGAGCGUUCUGAGCUCCCCUCCCUGUGCCAGCAGCUCCACGGCCCCGUUUCCUCCCGGCUGUGGCGCGUUGCUCUCAGUCUGAACGGAUCUGCACAUCCUUCUGCUGCUGAUCACGACUGAUCAGCUGUGCCAGGCAGCCCCUGGACCCGCUGCCCGGCGUGCCAGGCCCAGCUCUCCCUGCCAGCCAUGUGGGGCUGGCGUGGAUCUAGCACAGAGUUCAGCCAAGGCUUCUGCUUGGGGGCAGCUUCCUGGCGGCUGCAGGCACUUGGACUCUCUGUGGGGCCCCUGUGAGGCCCAGCUGGCUGCAUCCACCCUACUGCCACAGGGACAGGGCGCCUGUGGCCCUUCUCACCUGCCUCCAGCAUGGAUCUCCUGCAAAAGAGCAAAUACAGCCACCUGAGGAAUGAAUCUGUCUCCUCUCCGGAGGAGGCCGUGGCAGGCCUGCUGCCCUCCCCAGUGGAGUCCCUUGCAAGCAUGCAGUCUCUGCCUGAUUCCCUGUCCUCCUCCCUCAGCCACGCUGCGCCUCUCGUGGAGCUCUCACCUGACUUGGAGGAGAGCCCUACCACCCUGUGCUCCUUCUUCCCCAAAAUGGCCAAUCUGAAGCUCUCCAAUCCCGCCAACUUGCUCAGCUUGCGGGGCUCUGCAGCCAGCAGCAGCCCAGGGGAGCCUGGUGCCCCUGGGAUGGCAGCACUAGUGCCAGGGGGUGGUGCCAGCCCUGGCUCAGGGAGACCUGUCACUGUCUGUUCCCAGGAUAUGAACAAGCUGAGCUGUGGGAAGAAGACGCGGGUGGAAGGCGGCCAGCUGGGGGGUGAUGAGUGGACCCGCCACGGCAGUUUUGUCAACAAACCCACCCGUGGCUGGCUGCACCCAGAUGACAAAGUCAUGGGCUCUGGGGUCUCCUACCAUGUCCGGUACAUGGGCUGUGUGGAAGUGCUCCAGUCCAUGAGGGCUCUGGAUUUCAACACCAGGACACAAGUGACUAGGGAGGCCAUUGGGCUGGUGUGUGAGGCUGUGCCUGGUGCCAAGGGAGCCGUGAGGAGGAGGAAGCCCUGCAGCCGCUCCCUGAACUCCAUCCUGGGCAAGAGCAACCUGAAGUUUGCAGGCAUGCCCAUCACCCUGACCAUCUCCACCAGCAGCCUCAACCUCAUGGCCUCAGACUGCAAGCAGAUCAUCGCCAACCACCACAUGCAGUCGAUUUCCUUCGCAUCAGGGGGAGACCCGGACACAGCUGAAUAUGUUGCCUACGUUGCCAAAGACCCCGUCAAUCAGAGAGCCUGCCAUAUCCUGGAGUGUCCUGAGGGCUUGGCCCAGGAUGUGAUCAGCACCAUCGGGCAGGCCUUUGAGCUGCGCUUCAAGCAGUACCUGAAGAACCCUCCAAAGCUGGUGACCCCCCACGACAGGAUGGCAGGGUUUGAUGGCUCUGCCUGGGAUGAAGAAGAGGAGGAACCAGCCCCAGAUCACCAGUACUACAACGACUUCCCUGGCAAGGAGCCUCCCAUUGGGGGGGUCGUGGACAUGCGGCUGCAGGAUGGGGCAGCUCAGACCCCAAAUCACUUGGGUGCCACACUGCCUGUUGGCCAAUCCGGUGGGGAGUUUGACGCCCAGAAGCAGCACGCUCCUGCCCAAGCAGGGAGAGAGAAGUACCCAGCUCCAGCAGGCACGGCUGGGCGCACAGACCUCUUUGAUGACCCGUCCUACGUCAACGUGCAGAACAUAGACAAGACAAGACAAGCUCCAGCUGCCAGCACCCCUGCCACGGCCAAUGGCAGCACACAGAGGGACCUCUUUGACAUGAAGCCCUUUGAAGAUGCCCUGCGUGUGCCCCCCUCUGUGCCUGUGGGGCUGCCCCCUGCCCAGGUUGUGGCCUCCAUGGAGGAGCAGCUGAGGAGGGAGCCCUGGUACCACGGCAAAAUGAGCCGCAAGGAGGCCGAGAAGCUGCUCAAGGUCAACGGGGACUUCCUGGUGAGGGAGAGCACCACCACCCCGGGCCAGUAUGUGCUGACUGGCUUGCAGGGUGGGCAGCCCAAGCAUCUGCUGCUCGUGGAUCCCGAGGGAGUGGUGAGGACAAAAGAUCAUCGCUUUGAGAGCGUCAGCCACCUCAUCAGCUACCACAUGGACAAUCACCUGCCCAUCAUCUCAGCCGGCAGUGAGAUGUGCCUGCAGCAGCCCGUGGAGAGGAGACUGUGAGCGCCCAGGGCACCCCAACGCGCAGCCCUGCGCCCUGUUCCGUGCCCCAGGGAGCCCUCAGACUCUCCAGGUGCUCCACCCGGACUGAGCAUGGACUUGCCUGAGGACAGGGCCUCUCUCCUUUCACCACGUGGAGCUGGUGGCCAUGGGGGGCUCAGGCUGCGAGUGCCUGCAGGGCAGGGAAUUGUUCCAGCCUUUGCAGAGCAGCUCAGCUCCUACCAAAACCCAGCCUGUUCUUGUGCUCACCAGCACGGGCUCAGGACUGGCAGAGCUGAGCCCCCCUGAGCCAGAGGCAGCCUGUCCUUAUCUCUGGCCCCUGGGCCAAGGAGGGGGCCCGUGGGGGGCUCUGCUCCCCCAAGCACGAGGCCCUCGACUGUACCGGAUCACUUUACGUGUUAACUCUGUGCCUUGACCCUGCAGGUCCCACACUCUUAUGCAAGGGCAGGGGCUGGUUACAGAGCCUCCCCCGUGCUCCCAGCACCCUGUACCCCCUCCGUGACAUGCUUGUGCUCCAGGACACGUUGCCACCAUGUCCCCUUCCCUCCAUGCCCAUGCCGGCUGGGCAAGGGCAGCUCCGGGCAGCCCCGGGGGGUUGGCGGGAGGACCCCCCUGCAUGCACAGUGUAACUCCCCCAAGCCAAAGCGCAGCCUCGCAGCCCCUGCCCCGCUAUACCAAAGGAACUGGCGGUUGUAUUAAAGUUGGUAUUUCUCUA